AUGGCGCAUGAGAGCAUGAGAUUACCUCCGACUACAAACAACGAUAUUCGAGGCCGGGCUGUCGACAUGCUGGAUUCUAACGUCUUUCUGGACAUGCCUGACCACAAUGCGCUACCUUGUACCCACAUUACAUAUCGCAGGUUGUCAACUAUUUUGAUCGAACAUCCUCGCAUACCGACUAUGUUUCUUUUGGAGUUCAUGACAUUCGAUGGCCUUCGGGCUUACCAGCCAUGCUGUGAGAACAUUGAUCAUCUUAGCAUCCUCAGGCCAUUGCGGGCUAUUGAACACGAUGGCGAUCCGGUUUUCGAGGCAGCUCGCGAAUGGUCAUGCAUCAUUCAAGCCCGCCAAGACUUACCCAAGGAUAUCAGAUGGGUACUGGCACUCAUCUACAACUUUUCCUGCACAAUGUUGCAGCCCGAGCAAACCGAAGAAUACCUCUAG